GUGUUUCAACAUGGUUCAGAUUUACAAUCGUUAACUUGCUCCAGAUCUAUUUGGGGAAGAUUUUUGCAAGAAUUUCAAAGUUGUAAGUUCAAUUCUAGAAAGAUAGCAUUAGUUCGAGCCAAAAAUAUGAUAAGUUUACCAAUGAUAAGAACCAAGUUGAUUAAUGUUCUAUUAGAUCCUAGCGCCGCUAAGAUGGAGUGUUACCGCGCGUGAGGACGAUCGGUCAAUAAUCGAUAGACAUAUACAAAAUGAUUGCCGAUAGAUUCUUGAACAGGCGCUCAGCAGUCGGUGCAGUCAGCUGGCUGAUGUUAGAGUGAUGACAUUAUUUUCACUAAGGUACACCUAACUUCUCUCUCACGUACCUCGGAAAAACAAAUAUAGCAUACUUUGUUAAGGUGCGAAUAUUUAUAUUUGGACUUAAUGAUAAUAUCUCUAGAUCUAUCACGAUGAUCAACUCUACAGAUGUGGAGUGGACUACAGACACUUCCGUAGUACCAUUGGGACUAAUUACAGACAACAAGACCCUCUACAUCCCCAAUACCACGGAGAGGUACUUUCCUGUUCUACAACAUGCCACGCCUAUUAUUGUCGUCUACACCAUGGCGUACCUUCUUGUUUUUCUUUUUGCUUUCUUUGGAAACUUAAUUGUUGUCAUUGUCAUUUGGAGAAAUCGCUGGCUUCACACGGUUACAAACUUUUUCAUUGUCAAUCUUGCGGUGGCUGACAUUUUAGUAGCUAUAUUCUGCGUGCCCAUUACACUGCUGACCAACAUCUACACAGGUUGGCCGUACGGGUCGAUGAUGUGUAAAGUGACUCCGUAUCUACAGGGUGUGUCUGUCUGUGCGUCCGUCAACACUCUUGCUGCCAUUGCUCUCGACAGGUACUUGGCUAUCUGCUACACUCUGAAUUACAAAUUGACCGGAAAGAUAGCCCGCGUGGUGAUGGGCUGUGUAUGGGCUUUCGCCUUGUGCAUCAUGAUCCCUUGGGCAGUGUUUUACCGGCACGACAAAUAUCGGUCAUCGAUCCAGGCCAUAUACAUCUGCCAUCUAGUUUGGCCUAGCCAAGUUUCAGGAAAAUUCUUUUUGGCGGGAAUCUUUUUAUUUUGUUACACCAUCCCGCUCCUUCUCAUUGUUGUCUGCUACGCACUGAUCGGGUUCCGAGUUUGGAACAGAAAUGCCCCGGGUAUAUUUAAAUCUAACGGGAUCAUUCAUAAAUCUAAAGUGAAGGCAAUCAAAAUGCUUCUUGUUGUCGUUAUAUUGUUCGGAUUGUCUUGGUUACCGUUAUAUACAAUCAAUCUAAAAAUUGUGUUUUCGCCGCCAUCCUUGACAGACAUGGAUACAGUAACAAUACUUUACGAUUAUUUGGUGCCGGUGUCACAGUGGUUGGGACUAGCAAAUAGUGGCAUCAAUCCUAUCGUUUACUGCUUGUUUAGUAGGAAGAUUAGGACAAGAAUCAAGGUUAUGGUAACGUGUAACGAAACACAAGAAUUUAAACGCCAGUUUAGAAAAUUUUCUAGCACGAGAUAUGUUUCUGUUGACUAUACAAAUGGCCAAGUAACCUUGAGAACUCAUGGCACAGAGAAGGAAAGGAGGACAAGGUCGCUGAAAUCACUAAACAAUGUUUAUGAUUGACAAACAGAUGUUAAGUAAAUCUCUGGAUAUGUCGUUUUUACAGGUAUUUAUGGAAGUAAAGUUUGAUUUGCCGAA